GCAAUAAACAAAUUCUUACAAAAGUUUUCUUUGAAUAGCCAAGCUUCUCAAACUUUUCUUUGUGCAUCUAUACCCGUAAGUGGAUCAAAUCUUCAUACGAAAAGUUCGAUAUUAAAAUUAUUACAAACACGAUCCUACUAGAGUUGUUUUUUAGUGUACUAUAGCGACCAGAUGAGUUGGCAAAAAUCUCAAAAAUAAGGAACCACCAUCAGAUUUAUUGAAGUUCCUUUCUUACAUUCUUUUUUUUUUUUUUUUAAAUAUUUCAUUUUGUAAGAAGUUGAAUUCAUCAAACGAAAUUCAUUUCUUGCAAGAAUAUUUGAGCGAACAAAGGUUUGACUUGGGGAUGAAUAGUACGAUGGAAUUUACAGAUUUUGAUAAAGAAGUCAUAGGACAAAAUGAGUGUAGAGUACUUGUGAUAUUCCGUGCUUCAACCUUAGAAGAACAAAAGUCAAGCGCCAGACAAUUUAAGUUACAGCUGGAACAUUUAAUGGAAACGUACGGCAAUGAUCGUAUAUGGCAAAACGAGAAAUUUACAUUGAAAGAAGAUACGAUUCGUGGAAUAUAUUGUCUCUUUGGGUCUACGGAUUUUGGUGAUUGCAUUUCAGAUGAGUGGUGGAUCGUUUGGCUUCUGUUUGAGGCCAGUCGAAGCAUUAAAAAUGCAUUUUGUAGAAUUAUAGAUGCAGAUGGAGAAUUCCUGCUGAUAGAGGCUGCUUUUUCUUUACCAAAAUGGAUUGACGAAGAUAAUUCAGAUUAUCGUGUAUGGAUCCAUGAUGGAAAUGUCCUUCUGCUAUGUCCCGAUCAAGAAAAUCUUCAAGCAUAUGAAAGAUGUAAACCUUUAUCUAGGAAUGAAGCUAUUCAACAAAUCAGUACUGGAGAAAACUUCGAUAUCCCUCCGAAAGUUAACAGGAGUAUACGACUCAGACUCCAGGAAUAUCCCGAAACAGCAAACAACCACCAUCGAGCUGUUAUAACUAUACCGAGAUCAAUUGCGUUUCUGUUAAAAAAAGAUAAACAUCUUGUCAGCAAAGCCGUCACUGCUUUCUAUUACCGAGAUCCAAUAUCCGAGAAAAAAUGUGACUCUAUGAAAAAAUUCUAUCCAAAAGAUCUUGUUACCAUGACUGUAAACUUUACGCCGUUAUUAUAUGCUCAACUGGCUCAGCAGCGAACUCGAAAAUUCGCGCCUUUUUUAUUACCAUCACAAGGAAAAGAGCCGGCUUUUACCCGAGCUGAGCUAGGUAUGAAGCUUACCUGCGGUUUCGAAAUUCUUUAUAAUUCUAAUGAACAAGAAGAAACAAAAGGUUACAUUGAUAAAAGUCUAGAGGGAGCAGUUUUUCCAACGGAUAAUGAAUUGAAGGCAUUACCACUUAUUAAUGACAAUACCAAUUUCAUGAACAUAGAUCCCGAUGAUCUGGAGGACAUGAUGAAUAAUAGAAUGAAAGAUCUGGAGGAGUUUGGCUCAGAAAAAGAGAAUUUGGACUCCACGGGAUCAGUCUCCUCCGACGAUGAACAGGCGCCGAAUACGUCACGACGAAAUAGACCUGAAGACUUUAAUGAGCAGGACCUUAAAGACAUAAUUUCAAAAAUUGAAGAAUUCGUGGAAAGUGAUGAAGAAUCCUCUUCUGGUCGACCAGACCUGUAUGGUGUUGAAAACCAAGAAGUAGAUGAUGAAGAAGAACUGUAUCAUUAUGACCCAGAGAAACGGGAUGGGAUUUUCCAAAGCAGUGAUAUUAUUGAAUCCAACGAAGGUGAGAUUGAGUUAGAUGAGACAAAAUUUUUCAAUAUCCUCAAAGAGCCUUCUUCAGACGUUAACACGAAAGCAAAUCCGUCGGCAUUGGAAUCUACUUCUUCGGAGUCAUCAGAUGAUGAAUUGCCUGGGAAUAUGAACUUGCGAGAGUACAUGCAAGCCAUGGAUGAAGAACUAAAGUCGCAAAAGAUAGGAAAUAAAGAAGGGUCCUCUGGAUCAAUGAAGGACGAAUCAUCCGACUUGGGUAUAGAUUUAAAUCUUGCUAAGAAUCUUAUAGAAGGAAUUCAAGCCAACCCCGAUGCGUAUGGUGGACCCAUUUCUACACUACUAGACAGCCUUAAUAUACAAGUUCCAAAAGGAAAAUAGAAAUUAAAAUGUUUUUUUUUAUUAAUAAAUUACUAUUUUCUCUAUA